AUGUCGUUGAAUCAGCUAAGUCCAAUUGCUCAAGCGGAAUUUGAGACCGGAACCACUACUAGGCCACCACAGUUGAAAGGGGCUGAAGACUUCAGCACUUGGAAGACUCGUAUUCAGUCGUUUUUCGAGUACACGGACUACAAUCUGUGGCUCUCAGUCACUGCUGGACCUCACAUUCCAACGGUUGUUCGAGGAGAUGCGGUAGUUGCUAACAAUGAUGCAACUACCUUUACCGAUGAAGACAAGGCUCUAAUCCAACGUGAUCGUCGUGCUCAUGUUGCCUUAACCAUGGCACUGUCAACUGAUGACUGCAACAUGUUUGAAGAACAUCGAACUGCAAAUGCACUCUGGAAUGGAUUGAUUGAGUAUUAUGAGGGAAAUGAAGAGCUGAUCGAAAGCAAGAAAGACAUGGUGCAGAAACAAUACGACAUGUUUUGUGGAGUUCGUGGAGAAAGUCUUUCCGAUCACAUCAGUCGCUUUCUGAAUAUGAUGACCAAAAUGAAGAAGGCGGGAAAUCCUGUCACAAACCGUGCUGCCAUAAAGAAGCUGCUGGAUUCACUCCCCAAGGAAUGGAGUCUUCAAUGCAUGAUGAACAAGAAGGAUUUCCUCAACAAUCCAAAUCAUGUCACUCUGUCAGACUUAAUUAACACUCUAAGAGCUUUUGAAAUGGAUGUCAACAAACGAGAGAUGAACAUUGCUGGUGGCAUCACUCCACAAGCUUCUGACUUAAUUUACGCCAACGCUUCCGCAAGCGCAUCGAAAGCUCCACAACCCGGUGAGAAGACUAUCACGGUUGGUGAUACACAAGCGUUGAAGGUGUCUACUGAAAAGGUUGCAUUCUUUAACAUGUUUCUGAGCAGCGAUAAAGCUUUGAUAUCUGGAGAACUGAAGAAGGAGAUGUUCAUUGCUGAAGAUAUGUAUCAGAUGGCCAUGAUCACCUUGAGGCUAAAUAAAUUUCAAGACAAAACUGGAAAGCGUUUGGGUCUUGGAAAAGCUGGUUUUGAUAAAUCCAAACUGAGAUGCUACAACUGUAAGAAUCUGGGCCACUUCAAGCGCGACUGCCCCUUGUUGAAAGAAGGAAACACUGAAUCAACCGCUGCUGUAAAACAAAUCACCGUCGAAGAAAACAAAAACAACGUGUCUCCUAGCACGCCAAAAGCCUUAGUCGUUGAAGACUAUGAUUGGAGUGAAGAAAUUGCUGAAGCUAAGGAGCAAGUGAACAAAGCUCUUAUGGCAAAGAUCUCAAGCGAGUCCUCAUCAAAGCAGACAGCUGGAAUCCCAAAAGGAGACAACGUUGCUGACAAGGGUCUGAAAAGCAUUCUCACCUCCAUGGAGCCUGAGAAGGAAAAGAAAUCUGAAAAAGCAGAUGAGCAUGUUUCUGAGGAGGCAUCUGAUCAGAAGAAGGGCAAGGAAAAGGUGCCAGUUGCAGCUAUGAAAACAGAAUCUUCAAAAGAAAAAGCUCACAAAGACUUGGUAAACAGUAUUCCACAUGGCUUUAAAGUAAAGUUAUGCACAGCAGCAUGCGUUGAUGUCGUGGCACAUUACAAGUCUCUAAAUCUAGAAUUUGAGAGACAAAAAGACAAAGCUUUAAAAUUUAACAAUGAGCUUAAACAGAACGAUGCCGCAUAUCAGAGAAAAAAAGAUUUUAUCAUUAACGAUCUCACAGAUAGAUUAGAAAAAGCUUUGAACGAAAAGAAUAAAUUGCAAAUUAUAAUAGACAAAUGGAAUGUUAGUCAAAAGGCCUUUACUGACAUCAAAAACUGCCAACGACCAACGUAUGUGAAAGACGGGGUUGGGUACAAGGACAGGAAAGGAAAUGAAAGAAAACUCUUCUUUCCACCGCAUAGCAAAAACUAUGUGCCUAUGCCAACUCCUCAUCCCGAAAAUAAUCUCAUCGAUGAAAAGGCCUCUGUAAAACAAAACGAUUUUUGUGAAAGUGAAAGAACCGCUAACUUUUCUAAAAGUAAUACAGAUCCAAUUAAAUGGCUCCGUAUGCUCAUGGAGUACAUCUGGCAUGUCGACAGCGGAUGUUCAAGACACAUGACUGGAUUGAAGGAACUUCUGAAGAACUUUCGCUUCAUCGAUGGUGAUUUCGUGUCUUUCGCUGGAGACGAGAAAGGAGGGAAGAUCGUUGGAGUAGGAGAUGUAGUGUCUGAAGCCCUCACAUUGGAAAAUGUCAACUAUGUUCCAGAAUUAUGCUACAAUCUCAUGAGUGUUUCACAAGUCUGUGAUAAAGGAAUAUCGGUGCUUUUCAAUGACAUGGAAUAUGAUUUCUCUCGGUUUUCAUGGGUCUAUUUUCUUGAAGCAAAAAGCGAGACAACUGAAGUUCUCAAAUCGUUCAUCCCGCUGAUUGAAAACGUGACCAGAUUGAAAGUGAAGUCGAUCAGAAGUGAUAAUGGAUCCGAGUUCAAAAAUCAGACCUUCAUAUCCUUCUGUGCAGAAAAGGGAAUUCAUCUCCAAUAUAGUGCAGCCAGAACUCCUCAACAUAAUCGAGUUGCUGAACGCAAGAACAGAACAUUGAUCGAAGCUGCAAGAACCAUGCUGGUGGAUUCAAAGCUUCCAACCAUCUUUUGGGUAGAAGCAGUUAAUACAGCAUGCCACGUUCUAAACAGGGUUCUCAUUGUAAAACCACACGGAAAAACGGCAUAUGAACUACUCUUCAAAAGAAAACCGCUUAUUGACUUCUUCAGACCAUUUGGCUGUUCGUGCACCCUUCUAAACACUCAAGAAAAUCUCAUCAAGUUCGAAGCAGUGGGUGAUAUCUGCUACUUCGUGGGAUAUUCAUCCACACAGAAGGCCUACAGAGUUUACAACAAAAGAACGAAGAUGGUGAUUGAAUCAUAUUAUGUUGACUUUCAAGAAGGAAACUAUACCAACACCGGAAGUACUCCUGAUUGGUUCUAUGAUGUGGGCGUGAUUUUCAACACCUUUGAAAUUCCAGAAGAUGCUCCAGAAAAAGAAGCUGUUGAAGACACUCAAGUUGAACCACUGUUUGACUCAUCAGACAUUGGUUUAACUCCGUUUACCACCCGUCUAUCUCCAUCAACUUCUGACCCAAUUCUGUCUGUGAAUGAAGCAACUGGUGACACUUCGCCUGAGAACACCCAAGAAAACGGUGUUUCUUCUUCACAAGCGAAUGUGGAUGAACCAACUCAAGAAGAUGAUCCACCAGUGAUUUACAUGGACGAACACUUCAAGACAAAUGCAGGAUACAAGACAAAUCGAAAUCAUCCUCUUGAAAACGUCAUAGGAGCAGUCGAAGAAGGAGUUCGUACACGCGGGCAGUCGUAA